AACAAAGAAACAUUGCAAGGAUUAAGAUACGCCUAAAAAUGUGCACUACUUGAUUUGGUGGGAUAAAUCAAGUAGUCGUGCUUGAUUCAGACUCUGCUCCGCCUCAAAAGCAAAGCCAUUUUCUACUUAUACACAAUUCGGUAAUCCCUUCCUUUGUCUGACUAUUUUGCUUCUUCAAAAUCGGCAACAAAGGGAAGAUAAGAUGAGCGGUUCUGGGAAGAUAGUGUGCGUUACAGGGGCUUCUGGGUACAUCGCUUCAUGGCUGGUGAAGCUUCUCCUCGAAAAAGGUUACACUGUUAAAGCUUCUGUUCGUGACCCAAAUGAUAAAAAGAAGACUGAACAUUUACUUGCUCUUGAUGGGGCAAAGGAGAGACUUCAGUUAUUCAAAGCAAACUUAUUGGAAGAAGGAUCAUUUGAUUCUAUAGUUGAUGGAUGUGAAGCCGUUUUUCAUACAGCAUCUCCCUUUUAUAUUGCAGUCAAGGAUCCCCAGGUGGAAUUAAUUGACCCUGCAUUAAAAGGAACUCUUAAUGUGCUUGGAUCCUGUGCAAAAUUUCCAUCUGUUAAAAGAGUGGUUGUGACAUCCUCUGUAGCUGCAGUUGCAUUCAAUGGAAAACCUCGAACUCCGGAUGUGGUAGUCGAUGAGACUUGGUUUUCAGAUCCAGAGUUUUGCAAAGAAUCUAAGCUUUGGUAUGUACUUUCCAAGACCUUGGCUGAGGAAGCUGCCUGGAAAUUUGCAGAAGAGAAAGGGAUGGACAUAGUUACAAUAAACCCUGCAAUGGUGAUUGGUCCUCUUUUACAGCCAACACUUAAUACCAGUGCUGAAGCAAUUCUGAAAUUUGUAAAUGGUGCAGAAACAUUUCCCAAUUCAACACUUGGAUGGGUUAAUGUCAAAGAUGUUGCUAAUGCACAUAUUCUGGCAUUUGAGAAUCCUUCAGCCAAUGGAAGAUACGUUUUAGUUGAGAAAGUUGCUCAUUGUUCAGAGGUUGUGAAGAUUCUCCGUGAACUUUUUCCAACUUUGCACCUUCCGGAAAAGUGUGCAGAUGACAAGCCUUACAUGCCAACUUAUCAAGUAUCCCAGGAGAGAGUAAUGAGCUUGGGCAUAAAUCUUAUUCCUUUGGAGGUCAGCCUGAAGGAAACUGUUGAAAGCUUGAAGGAGAAAGGCUUUUUUUAGUCCCUGAGGCUUGGUCAAUAGAAGCCAUGCAAUUAAUAAAGGAAACUAUAGUAGACUUGUCAAGUUCUGGUUUCUCUGCAUUUAAUUUUUCAGUUUUUGCAGGAUCUAGUGACAAUCUCAUUUUAAAGAUUUUACUCAUUAACUUGACAGGAUAUUCUGUGUUUGGUAUUGACACUUAAUGUAGAGCUCUUGAUCA